ACUUGAUUGUAAAAAAUCGCACAAACAACUCAGUUGGCCAUGCACACGCAGUUUGAUUCUCAUUACUGUCAACACAAUGAACCCGAAGCUAGUGGCAUGCUGUCAAUCAGCAUGGUGCAUCUCCAUGCAACAUCUGACGACUCUGUUGGCGUUCUUUUCGAUUGUCAAUCAGUACACGAUGCGAAUCUGUUUGAGCUUGGCCAUUACGGAAAUGGUUCAACCGACCAAUGGGUCCAGUACGGACGAAAGCCAUGUCCGUUGCAGAAAUUCCAUACGAUCCGGAACGGAACACGCCCAGCCCCGAGUCAUCCAGGGUGACGCUUUCGAAUGGGACGAAUAUGUACAGGGAAUUAUCCUGUCGGCAUUUUUCUGGGGCUAUGUACUGUCUCAUUUCGGAAGUGCAUUCAUCGCCGACCGGUACCCGAGGCUAAUGUUGGGAUUGAGCGUUCUAAUUACGGCUGUCCUGACCCUACUGACGCCGUUGGCCAUCGAUGUCGGAGGAGCACCGCUGCUGAUUGCCACGCGAGCGAUCGAAGGAAUCGGCGAAGGAGCAACUUUUCCGGUGCUGAGUGCUAUCGUGGCCCAGUGGAUUCCGCCGCAUCAACGGGGAACGCUUGGUUCGUUCAUCUUCAGCGGUGGACAAAUCGGAUCUCUUGCGGGAGGCAUCGGAACGGGAUUUCUACUGUCGGAACUGAACAGUUGGCGAAUGGUGUUCUACGUGUGGGGAACACUGGCCAUCGUUUGGUACAUUUUUUGGGUAAUACUCGGGUAUGAAAGUCCGGAAAGUCAUCCGUUUAUAAAAGAAACGGAGAAACAAAAGCUGAUCGAAAGUUUCGCUGAUGCUAAAAAGAAACCGGACGUUGGACCGAUUCCUUGGCGGAGCAUUGCCAAAAGUGUGCCGUUUUGGGGACUCGUUGCUGGACAGAUCGGUCACGAUUGGGGAUUCUAUUUGAUAGCCACCGAUCUUCCCAAGUACAUGAAGAGUGUACUAGGAUUUUCGGUUAAACAUAACGGAAUGAUCAGCUACUUUCCCUUCCUGUGCAUGUGGAUAUUUUCGGUGCUGGGAGGUUGGAUCUGCGACAAACAGAUUUCUAAACAGUGCGUUUCAAUUACGGCUGCCCGGAAGAUGUGGACAACCAUCGGUUCGCUCGUUCCGGCCAUCAGUUUGCUGGCGGCGUCGUACGCCGAGUGCAACACAGUGGUUGUGGUUGUAAGUUUCGCCAUAUGCGUUACAUUCAUGGGUGGGUUCUAUCCGGGAAUCAAGGUCAACGUGAACGAUUUGAGUCCCAACUAUGCCGGGUUUUUGAUGGCCGUUGUUAACGGAUUCGGUGCCAUUACAGGCAUUCUGGUUCCGUACACCGCUGGAUGGAUGACUCCGAAUCAAACCAUCGAAGAAUGGCGCAACGUAUUCUGGCUGGCGUUUUGGGUUCUCAACGUGACCAACGUUAUAUUUAUUGCGUUCGCCUCCGGUGAAAUUCAACCGUGGAACGAUCCAAACUCUCGCACCGAGAGCAACUGAUUUUGAGUAAAGUUUGCAAAUCACUUUGAAAAUUCCGAUGACAAUUGAACACUUUCCGAGAACCGCAUCGUAGAUUGCCGCUGAUGCACUGAAGAGACUAAAAACAAAACGCCUGAAUUCACUCGAAGCGAACAUUACCGGCUGGAGUGUUUUGCUGCACACGUUGCAGCAAACCACACCCGAGUCGAAAAAGAAAGAAAGAAUGAACGAAACAAAAAAAAAACAUCGAGCAAAGCUAUUGUGCUGCGAUCCUGUUCAAUCGUUGUGUUUAAAUUUCACAUAAAGCACCGAUCGCUUUUAUUCGCAACCCCCUCAUGGGAAUUUAAAUUUCUCGUUGUGUACUGAGAAAACGAAAAUUGUUUUUCCACUACCGCCAACAUUUCUGUCCGUUUCAGCCGCGUUUCAGUUCGCACGGUACUACAUACUGUUCGUCUCAUCAUCGGAACAUCGGAACCGACACCACACUCAUCGGCUCUUAGUUCCGAUUUCUCUCAGACGCCAUGUGACGGACUGAUGUUGGGCCGCCGCCGGUCGUAUG